AUGGCGAACUCAAAUAUAAAAAGAUGGAGUGUUAAAAUUAAUGAUCUUCCACCGAAUAUCUAUACUGCUGACUUGGCUGGACAGCUAGAUAUUGCAACAAAUCGAAUCUUUAUUCCGAAACAGCGAGAUUUCAACAAAUGCUACGCGUAUAUUAACGGAUUUCCAAAUGAGCAACAAGCAAAUGAGUUUACUCUUCGAUGGAAUGGGAUGAACAUUUAUGAAAGAAGAAUUAAAUGUAAAGCUCAUGAAAAUAUCCUAACGAUACCGAGUACAUUCCAUUCCCGAUGUCACGAACAAGCAUCAAUAACUGAUGAUACGAAACCAAUGAACCAGUGUGAUUUUCGAGUCACGACUGAUUCCAGUUCAUUGCAUUCAUCACAAAACAAAUCAUUUCACUCCUCUUCAGAAGCAGAUUCUAUUCAAUCUGAACAGCAAGAAUGUCAUCUUGGUAUUCACUGUGCGUAUGCAUUUUGUCCGUGGAUCCAUCCGCCAGACUGGCACGUUUGUGAAGAUGGAGCAGAAUGCGAUUCGUUUGAUUGUAAAGCGAGCCAUCCCGAAGAUCGUAAAGAUAAAUGUUCGCUUGGUGGUAAUUGUCACAAUGACGUAUGUCUUCUUUUACAUCCGAUUUCAUUGCAAACACAGUGUUUCGACGGUGAAAACUGUCGAGUUUAUGAUUGUCGUGCAUUACAUCCUUUCAAGCGUCCAAAGUUGUGUCAGUAUGGCAAGGAAUGUAAUAAUAGAGCAUGUUUAUGUUUACAUCCAAACGAUCGACAGUUGUGUAUACGUGGAGCUGAAUGUCUGGAGCUCGAAUGUACAUAUGUGCAUCCAUCCGGCCGACCAACUAAAUGUAAAGAUGGUAUUCUUUGUGAUAAUUUCAAUUGUAAUCGGUUACAUCCACGUGAAUGGGAUCCGCCAGAUGAUACCAAUUAUAAAAACUUCCAAUCACAAAGUAGUGGCAAUCUAAAAUCAUUCCGAGUGCGCAUGAGCGAACGAGAAUCCGCUCGAUUACCUAUCUUUGGUUCACGUACUGAAUUUUGUCAACGAUUGGAACGUGAAAAAUUGCUUGUAGUCACAGCUGAAACUGGUAGUGGUAAAAGCACACAGUUGCCUCAAUAUGCUGCUGAGUAUUUCUCCGAUGGCCUCGUAGUGUGUACUCAACCACGUGUUGUCGCUGCGAUGUCUUUGGCUCGUCGUGUGGCGGAUGAGUACGAUGGAACAUCCGAAGGCAAUUCUGUUGGAUAUCAAGUUGGCAGCGGCAAUCGUGUACGAGGUACAAAUAUUAUGUUUAUGACGGAUGCUGCACUCAUCCACGAGAGUCAAUCCGAUCCAAACUUGAGUCGGAUACGUGUACUGAUAGUUGACGAAGCGCAUGAACGUUCACUUAAUACAGAUAUCGUUAUCGGCAUUAGUAAACUACUAUUAGAAAAGCGUCCAGACGAUUUCUUUGUUGUCAUCGCUUCGGCGACCAUCGAUCCGACUCGGUUCUUAGCAUUUUUUGAUCGAGCAUUCGAUUCUCCUUUAUCCGUUCCUGGUCGUGUAUUUCCAGUCACCAACGAGUAUUUACCACCACCAAAAGAUUGUACGGAUCAAAAUCUUAUUGAAUUACACCUUAUUCCAACGAUUCUUCGUCUGUUUCCCAAACAUAAAGGACAUACGUUGGUUUUUCUUCAUGGUCAACGCGAAAUUGAACAUGCAUUACAGUUGUUCAGUCGAGAGAUACCCAAUGGAUGCGUAGCAUUACCGCUCUAUGGUUCGUUGUCGCCGGAAGAACAAGAAAGAGUGCUUCAAUUCGAUGAUGAGAAUCCCCAGCGGCGAAUGGUUGUUUUUUGUACCAAUGUUGCUGAAACAUCGCUGACAAUCAAAAACACUCGUCUUGUUAUCGAUACUGGUCUAGCAAAAGAGGCUCGAUUUGACAUUCAACGCCGUGUAACGAUUAUUGAAACUGUACGAAUAUCGAAAUCAUCUGCAAAUCAGCGAAAAGGCAGAGCAGGACGUACAGCACCUGGUCAUUGUGUCCGACUGUACGACAUGAACGAUUUAAAACGCGAAAAUAUCGAACCGGAAAUUCUUCGCUCCUCACUUGAUCUUGUCGUAUUACAAUUGGUACGAUUAGGUCUCGAUCCACGAACAUUCCCGUUUAUGGAUGCACCUGACACACACGUCUUGACGAGUUCACUUGACCUGCUCACUCGUCUUUCUUGCAUUAUCAAUGAAACAACAAGUACUUUGCGAGGUCAACUCUUUACGGAACUAUCAUUGGAUCCUCGACUGAGUGCACUUAUGACCAGUAGUUACGUGGAUGUCGGAGGAGAACGUUUAUUAGCUAGAAGUGCAAUAAUUGUUGCCAUUCUGUCGGCACCUGGUUCACUCUUCUACAUGGGUGGUGCUAGUAAAGAAGCUAAAGCUGAAGCUCGUAGUCGAGUGGCUGUUGGUGCAUCCGAAUUCGAUAGUGAUCUGUUCUAUCUUUGUAGUGUGUACAAGAAUUGGGAGAAGGCUGGACGUGUAGAUCCGAUACAUAGACGAUGUGCAACUUGUCAAAAAGUAGUUUCGAAACUAUUAGAUAGUUGUCGAUCGUGUCGUACGCAACACGCGAAUAUCAACGGACUUAAUAAUAAAGUUCUUCAGAUAGUUUAUCGUUCGUUCGAAUUCUACAUGAAAACGAUUCUGAACCCUCAAUGGAAACUGACUGCAUCGAGUAGUGUUGUGCUCGAAUCGGACGAACGAGAUGCAAUUGGAGAACAACUUUACAAAUUAUUUCCAGAACAAACAGGUCAUCUUCUCGUUUAUCAUUUACCAGAUAACGGGAUUCGUCUUAUUAACAAUGAAAUACGUGCGAGAAUCAACGAUACAAGCGUUUAUGUACAACGAGUUCACGAUCAUGGACACCACCAUUUCGUCACCAUGUCUAUUACACAGUUACCUUCUGGUGAUCAUAUUGUUGAUCGUCUUCAUCCAGUACCAUCCAAAUGCUUGCCACCAGUACCUAUUAAAGAUUUGUUCAGUCUAAAAAAUGUUGGAUAUUUAGUUCACAAUGAGAUACGCAAAGCAUUAGACAAUCGCCGUUCGGAACCAUGGACGAAAUGGUNUUGA